GUCAAAUAAGUCGUCCAAACUUGCUUGCUUUGGUAAAUUAACGCUCACUCAGACGAAGGAGAUGUCCGGCUAUUGGCCAAGAGUUAGAGGGCACGUCAUCCCCAUCCAUCACCGAUCGAAUGAUUCUACAAGGCAUCUCCCUGUCUAGAUCGGUGCCUCUGUGCUUAUACGCCCGAUGAGUGGCGUCUGAGUGGAUGGAGUUUCUGUCGCUUUCCGACUUAGAUGAAAUUCUGGAAUAAAUGAAAUGCACUCAUGAGUUCUUAUCAAGGGUUUAUGGGCGGCGAGGACACAAGCUCGCUUUUCAUCAAGGGCUUUCAUGCUAAUGGACUCAAGCGUCUGCAUCAGGAUCAUGAAGCUAAUGCCGACUUCCGAACCAGAAAGGAGGGACAUGUCAAUAGUGAGGCGGAUUUCCUUCAAUAUAAUUUCACAAAUCUCAGUGCCACGGCCACAGCCGCGUGUUCAAAGCUCUGUGAGGACCAUGGCCAUGCCAAUUGGACCAGACCCCCCUUCCCCCAUAAUCAAGAUUUCUAUAGACCGGUGUACCCCAGCCGACCCCAAGUCCCCUCCUUCCAAAGUUGUCGCGAACGGGGUCUCUCGCCUUCCUUAGACACUUUAGGAACCUUCUCCGUUGCGCACUGUGAAGUCGGCCCUGUCAACACAUACGAUGGCCCAAGACAUCACCCCGCAGUUAAGGACAAUAAUACCAGACAAGAGGCUCUAAAUGCGUUAAAUGAGACAUUCCAAUGUGGAAAGACUUUCGAUUGGAUGAGAGUGAGGAGAAAUCAGCCACGUGCAGCUAAAAUACAACUGGGUAGAUGCUCGGACCCGGAGCCGAAGACAGACCAGGGACGAGAUCCUGACGAGGACUUCUCGAGCGGAUUUACUGCCAGUGGAGUCCCGCGAACCAAUUUUACCACCAAACAACUAACAGAACUGGAAAAGGAAUUUCAUUUCAACAAAUAUCUGACUCGAGCUAGACGUGUAGAGAUAGCCAACACUCUCCAGCUGAGCGAAACACAAGUGAAGAUCUGGUUUCAAAACAGACGCAUGAAGCAGAAGAAAAUGCUGCGGGAAGGCCUAGUUACAGGACUAAUGGUGAUUCCUGGGUGUGAUGAGGAUUCACCAUCGAACAAAACAGACACUUGUUCUUCAAAGAAAAUAGCAUUUUAGUGAGGCAAGAAUUUUCUGGACGGUUGCUUCCCAAAAACAUGGGCGAUCACCUACACUUCAUCGUGGAGCAAGUCAACAUUUUCAAGACAUUGAUAAUCCCAUGGAACGACCUAAAGUAUUUACACACAGAAAAUGACGUUUGUUCUCAAAUAUACAAUUGUAUUUAUUUAUUUAUUCAAUCUUAUUGAGAAAUUAAAACAGUCUUUCUCUACAAAACAAAAAAACAAACAAUAAAUGCAUAAAAUUGACAGUUUGCCCACCUGUUGAUGCCAGUGGAAAACAUUUCACAUAAAUGCUUGUUUCAUAAUUUAAACCUAAUUGCUUUAUUUGAUAUAAACUUGGUUAUAAUCAUGUUUUAUCAUAUCAAUUAUUUUAUUAAAGUUCAGGAAAUUAGUUAAAUCCACCAAAAGCAACCUUGUUUGGUAAUAUCUUCUAGUAAUAGCCUCACUCUCUUUAUUUUCAACUGAAUAUCAGAGAAUAUAGAAAAGAAUAUUUGUAUUUAUUUAUUAGGCUACUAUUUUGAAAAAGAAGAAAAACACUACGGAAGAAAAUACAUCCUGAAUGCACAUGUGGCCAGAUUUUUGUAACAUUUUUAGAAAUGCUAUCUACUUUUAGAGACACAUUUAUAAGCACACCAACCCGAUCAAUGAAAAGUCGUCCAUAAUUUACGAGUUGGCUAUUUCGUAAGGUCUCGCACGAUAUUGUUCGCAUUAUCUCGUACGACUUCAUCACGUGCAAUACACGCAUUUAGAAACACUCAACAGGUUAGCUCGCUGUUUUCCAUAUGUCAUCUUCACAUAUACUGUGUCUAUUAUAUCAUAUACAUGAUGCUUGAGCUUUUAUCUGUGAAUAAAAGAGUGCUGCAAGAUGAUCAGUGAUACUAGUCUUUCUAAAUAAUAGCUAAAAGCUGUCAGCGAACGUGCCUCCACUUAGUCGUGUAUUUCCCCCAAUUUAUUGCUGGAAGAGGUUAAAUCGAGUGCCACGGGUUGAACCUUCGCUGAUACCAACUCAUUUUGAUGGCAUCAAAGUACUGAUGCACAUAGAUGGGAGAUGAACAAUGUUGGUGGAGGAAUGUACUGAGAUAGGAGAUUUGUAUUGCUCUUCUCUUGGAAAUAGCACGGUUUUAUUUUAUUUUAUUUUGAAUGCAUUCAGGGUGUAUUUUAUUGAGAUGCCAUCUUUCAGUUUUACCUAACCAGAUUUGCUCACAUUAAAAUGUUAUAGAGUAACGAUUAAUUUUCCAGUUCUCUCUCAGUCGCACAGUGUUUAUUUGCCAUGUUUGAUCCCAAAUUUCCCCCGUUGUCACUGUGCUAAUCGAUGGGCAUGGACAGGAAUAAUUGCUGGAAUUAUCUUGAAUGAGAAAGAUUAUCGUCAUUUCCAAAUGGUCGAUUUAUUGAUAUGUGGAUUUAAGUAUAUUGACUUUUAAUUGAUUUGACUUGAUGGGUUGAAUAAUUACAGCAUUUGAAUGGGGGUCCACUUGUUUUUUCCAGUUACUGAAAUUAAGACAAUGCACACUUAAAUUAGCAGUAGGCAUAUACUUUAAAAUGGUUAUCAGCAACACUGAUUGAACAGUACGACAUUCAUAGCGAGAAAGAAACAAUAAACAGCUUGAUCCUAUUGUAUUUGCACUGCAUGAGUUUCGUUCUUGUUUUGCACAAAAAAAAAACAACAAAAACAAAAAGGUCAAACUUUAGUUUAUACCCUUAUCUUAAUAUAUAUGGAUUUUCCAAAUGACUCCUCUAAUAAAGGUAACCUAAUUCUAUACCAAAGCAAUGCAGUCUUGAGAGCAGAUAAAUGAUCAAAUCAGUGUUCUUAAAUUCUAUUAAAUAACAUUGAAACUUUCGAGCAGAAACUUCAAACCGAUGCAUUCAUCAAACAAAUAUCAUGAAGGCUACUUAUAAAAAUAAAUGAUUAUAUUAUAGGUACUUUUAAGAAAAUAUUUUAUGAGUUAUAUCACUGUGACUUGGGACUGUGAAAGCACGAAGCACAGCUCAUGCCUAAACCUGCUAAUAUAUGCAUUUACUCUAGAGUUCACCUUUCACCUCUUAACCUUUGUUUUGCCUCGAGACAGCAGUGACCCGGUCAGUGGCUCACAGAGAAUAGACUGCAUUAUUAAUAUGUGCUGCUGCCCUUGCAGUGUCUUCACUCCUAUCACUUUUUUAAAAAAGUGUUUAUUCUCAUGUUACAGUGUGGACCUCUAAGUCAUUUAAUUAACUCCAGCUAUGCCAACAUGAUAUAAAGAGAAAGAAAAAUAGUAGUAAAUACAACAGCUAUUAUUAUUAUUAAUAAUAAUAAUAAUAAUAAUAUAUUAUCAUCAUAUUUCAAUGUCUGUAAAGUUUUUAAUAACAAUAUAUUUUCCCAUUGUUGACUUGCUAUUAAAUAGGCCUAAUUAAAACGAAUAAAUAAAGUUUCUUUAUGAAGCCACAAAAACUUUGUCUGGGUUUUAAAAUAAGUAACUUUUUUUACAUUAUAAUUUUGAUUGCCAAUACAAAUGUAUAAAAGAGCCAAUACAGAUACACGACUGCAUUAUUUUUAUGCGCUUUUAAAUGUGCGCACUUGAUGCUUUUGCGAUAGGUAAAGCAGAAUUGUUUUUGUUACUGACGAUUUUCUUCUCGAGAGUUUGACGAAUGAUAAUUUACAGCGUUCAGGAAUGAAGUUUUCCUCAGCAUCGCUCAUUAGAUUUCACCUACACACGUUGAUGUGCAUUUUAGCUCGGUUACAUCCGCACACAGGGGCUUAAUGCCCACGUUAUGGCAUGUGGGUGCAGAAAUAGAUAACGUGAUAGGAUCAAGUAUAAUCCUCACUGCGCUGUUGCAUUUCACUCAGUAAUUGAGAGCAAACGAUAUUACCUCCCUAAGCAAUGCUGUUAGAAUGAUGACCGAAGCCAUACAUUAUUUUCUGUAUUAAGGGCCUAUAAGUGACAGUUGCUUCUGAGUGCGCAAUGACUCAAGACGCAAAUACAUUGAACUUUGUGACCUCCAGAGACCUCUGAUAUAUAUAAAUAUAUUGCAAAAAAAUGGUUAUGAAUACAGAUGCACAGACUGGCAAAAGACUGCCAUAAAGAAAUAUAUUAAAAUGCUGAUCAAGCAUUUUAAUUUUUGUUUAAAAAGUACUUUGGAAGUGCUCAUUUAUGUUCGGUGACGGAUCAGUGCAUUGUACACUUGAUCCUUCCAUAUGCGUCAUCGGCUUGACAUAAUGACAUCUUCGACGUGCACUGUCAACACAGACGAAAGUGCUGUCUCUGGUUUAUACUAAAGUUUGAUGUGUACCAAGAGUGCAGAAAUUGCGCUUCAUUUAUUACCCAUAUAUUUCACUAUAAAACUAUGCAGUAUGCAAAUAGACCCAUAAAAACUUGAUUGAAAGCAAUAUUUAAACAUGUUCAAUCUGUAUAAAAAGUGAUAUAUCUGUG